AUGUACAAAAAUAUAUUGAAAGAAUUAAGAAUCAUAGCUACUAAGACUCAUAAACUUCAUUCAAAGUCUCAGAUAAAGAAGGAAAAAGCUUUAUUAGAAUAUAAGAAAUAUCAAUUACUUAAAGAAGGUAAACCAAUAAAUGAAAUAACUCAACAGAUUGAAAAUUUAACUACUGGAGGCAAACCUUCAGAUAAAUUUGAACAAAUUUUUAAACAAUUACAUAAUGAAGAAAAGGCUAAAGGUUCCAAUAAGAUAAAAGAAGCUAAUUUCAAUAAUAUUUACACAUUCUUAAAUAGUCAAAGAAUUUAUCAAGAGUUAAUAGAGAGAUAUAAUCCGGGAUUAACCAUGGAUCAAACGGAAAACAUCGAAGCUUCUGCCAAUAGAGUUGGUUUAAAAGUACCUAAAUAA